GGGAAAAAAAAAAAAAAAAAGGAAAGUCGCUCUUUAGGGCUUUUUAUUUUGGGGAAACACUGACGAAUGUUCAGAGCUCCCGUUCCGAGUGACGCUUUUCAUGAUCUCGUUUCAUCAAAGCGCCUUUCCUUCCUUAAUAUUGUUCAACUGUGAAUGUAGAAAUGGGGGAAAAAAAAAGAAAACAAAAAAAAAAACAACCCAACCAACACGAACUCUUGCGUUAGAGGGUAUAGAAAUAAAUGGUCAAAGAAGAUUUCAGGCUUAAAACUAAAAUGCAAACAUCAAGUGCUCUGAAUUGGCAGUGAGAACGCAAAGGGAAAGAGCUCUCCUGACUUGUACUGUAGCAGCCCCAACACCCACGAAAAUUGUGCCAAAGAGUUGAAAAAAAAAAAAAAAAAACAAAAGAAAACUUCAGGUCAUAUUUUGGAUUGCAAAAUGAGGAUAAAUUCAAUGUUCAAACAACAACAACAACAAAAAAUCUGAUAAAAAUGCCAUUUGGAAACUGCUUGGCCUUUUGUGCUCUUUAUUUAAUCAAAUCUGAUGUGGUAUUGGUCUCUUGCUGCACUUCAAAAACAAAAAAAAAAGGAAAAAAUAAAUUUAUAUAAAAAUAUAUAUAUACUGACUUGAGCUUACACAAGACGGCACUUGUAAAAGGUUAUAUUUUUCCACUGCAGUUGAAGAUUAAUAAAAUGGUGUCAAACAUUCCCCAAAACUUCCUUUUUGUAUUCUUGGUCUUUCCAGUCAAAGGGGAACCCGUUAACCAUUUCUUUUUUUUUUUUUUUAAUAGAGUAGUAACAGUCUGAUGGGCAACUCCAAAACAAAUUGGCUGCUUACUGCUUCCCUAACCAUGCAAUGUCUUAUUUCCACGUGAAGGAUCAGAAUCUCUCGUUUCCUCUUAAACGAGGCUCUUGCUUUUGAGGAAUCGUCCCUCGCUUAUCCUAGGCCAUCAGCAAUAAGCCCAAAGAAAGGGAGGAGGUGCAGGGUGUGAGGCUGUGGAUCAUUUCGCUUUUGUUAAUGCAGCUGUUGAUGCUCCCGGCAUUCGAAUCUGCAGUUGAACGUUGGGCAUUUCUUAAAAACUCCUUGUGGGAGGGAGACAGAAAACCUUAGCCAGUAUCUUACCUUUUUGCAGCAAGCAGGUGGCAAUCUGCGUUAUCCCCCCGGUUUCCUCUUCCCCGUCUGAUCCUCGGACCCCUCGUGACGGCGUCCGCUCCUGUCGCCCAUCUGCGCGGCAGCGUCCACACUAGCUCUUGUACAGGGUAUCAGAUAUGUGCCUUUCAGUGCUGGCUUCAGAUCGCAGUCCAAGUGCCGACUUUGAACCAGUGUACAAACCUGAUCCGAGCUCCCAGGUGCUGAGGCGAGGAGGAGCAGCUCCCGAGCACGGGCAGCGAGAGGCCUGGGCCACGAGCUCGAGCAAUGCCUUUUCUUUUUAUUUUGUUUCUUGAGGUGGGGUGGGAUUUCCUAAGAAAAACAAACAGGAAAAAAAAAAGAGAAAAAAAAGAAAAAAAAAAAAAAAAGCCAUUCCUGAAGUUGGGGAGGGGGCGUGGAGGGAAGAAAUCUGAUCAUUCCUCAGUGCUACCUGUUUCUGUCCUGUGUGGCUAUUCAGCUGUAGACAGCAGGAGAAUAAAGUACACUGAGACAGUAGUGGAAACAAACUCGUGUCUGUUGUGUUUGUGUGGGGCUCCCCGGGUUUCGCUUGCUCAGCGCUCGGCCGCAGUGAGAGGUGGCUGCUGGCAAUUCCAGGGGCCGAGCACCCAUCCCAUGUCCUUUGGGCGUUCCUGGGAACUGGUGUGGCUGCCUGGGGGCCAGCGCAGCCCCCAGCCCUGGGGUUUUGCCCCCGGCACUGGGGGAAGCACGCUGGUUCCUGCCAUGGGGGAAGGAGACCCUCCAGCAGAGCCCAACCCGGCCCCUCUGCUACCCUCAUUCUGUCCGUUUCUCACUCAUAGCAGCUCUUUGGCUCCCGCUUUAACCUUAAUUCCAUCCAUUUUUCGGCUCUUUGGCUCCGGCAUUAACCUUAAUUCCAUUGGUUUCUCAGCUCUCUGGCUCCUGUCCGCCUUCCGACGGCAAACCGUGCCCUGCUGCAGGGCCACGCUCCUCCCGCCGGCUGCUGCUCAUCACGGUCGGAGAGGACCCAGCUCCCGAGGAAGGGCCCUUUUCCUUAAUCCUGCCGUUCCCAUGGUGCUGACUGUGAAUGGAAGCAGAGAGCGGGCGUUCCAGCGAAUUUCCUCGUGUCAGGGAUGGAGGGCACGGGAGGAAACGGCGCUGCCGUCAGCUGCCGAGGAGCGGCUUCCUGCCACGGAGCGUGAUGGGAAGCGGCCGCGCCGCAAAACCUGGGCCCUGCUCUGCCGAGCCGGGAGAAAUGGAGCCGUGGGCACCCAGAGCUGAGCAGGGGUGGGUCUGUGAGGGAAAUGAAGAGCUCCCGGCCUCUUCCCAAGGGGCUGGGAGGGAAUCGUCCCUCACCUGCACCCCGCCAGCCUGAGCCCAUGGCCAGAGGCAGCACGGACACUACGGAGCUGCAGCGACGGAGACCCGGCGCUGCCCUUCUCAGUGCUGCAGUGGCUCGCUGCGUGCACGGAUGCAUCUUCUACACCUGGAGCCGAGGAUUGAGGGCAGCUCAGAGCCCUCCAGUGCAGUUCCUGAGCCACCCCCAGGCACCGCUUCCAUGGGGCUGCCAGCGAGGAUCCCAUCCCAGCACAGCCCCGCGCAGGCCAGAGAGAGCUCCAUGCUCUGCUUCCAUGCCAGCGCUGCUCUGCAGCAGGCACAGAUCACCCAAGUGGAAAACGAUCCGCGGCUUUCCGCUGUCAGCGGCCGUGCAGCAGGGCGAUUAGGUUCUCUGCGCGAGGAUGCAUCUGCACUGGCCUAACCUCGCUGCUUAAAAUAGCGCUUCUCUCAGCGUGGCUGUGGCUGACAGCGUAAAUUGAGUUUCAUGUUCCUGUGCUAGCGUGGUGCGAGCAAGCAGAAACCAAGGGGAGAGGUGGCUGCUCGGCCCCAUCCCAGCA